GGCGGGCGGCAGUCGGCGCUGAGGCGCGGUGCGGUGCGGGUCGCUCCUCGGGCUCCCGCCGCGGCCGCCGCAGCCGCGCCGCCGCCCUCCUCCUUCCCUCCCUUAUGGAAGAGAUGGAAGAGGAGCUGAAAUGCCCGGUGUGCGGCUCCUUUUACCGGGAGCCCAUCAUCCUGCCCUGCUCGCACAACCUGUGCCAGGCGUGCGCCCGCAACAUCCUGGUGCAGACACCGGACUCGGAGUCUCCGCAGAGCCGCCGCGCCUCGGGCUCGGCCGUGUCCGACUAUGACUACCUGGACCUGGACAAGAUGAGCCUGUACAGCGAGGCGGACAGCGGCUACGGCUCCUACGGGGGCUUCGCCAGCGCUCCCACCACGCCGUGCCAGAAGUCCCCGAACGGGGUUCGCGUGUUCCCGCCGGCCGCGCCGCCGCCUCCCGCCGCUCUGGCGCCGCCGCCGCCGCCGCGCAACGCGUGCCUGACGUGCCCGCAGUGCCACCGCAGCCUGGUGCUGGACGAGCGCGGCCUGCGCGGCUUUCCCCGCAACCGCCUGCUCGAGGGCGUCAUCGACCGCUACCAGCAGGGCAGGGCGGCGGCUCUGCGCUGUCAGCUCUGCGAGAAGGCGCCCAAAGAGGCGGCCGUGAUGUGCGAGCAGUGCGACGUCUUCUACUGCGAGCCGUGCCGCCUGCGGUGCCACCCGCCGCGGGGACCGCUGGCCAAGCACCGCCUGGUGCCGCCGGCCCAGGGCCGCGUCAGCCGCCGGCUCAGCCCCCGCAAGAUCUCCACCUGCACCGACCACGAGCUGGAGAACCACAGCAUGUACUGCGUGCAGUGCAAGAGCCCCGUCUGCUACCAGUGCCUGGAGGAGGGCAAGCACUCCAGCCACGAGGUCAAGGCGCUGGGAGCCAUGUGGAAGCUCCAUAAGAGCCAGCUCUCCCAGGCCCUGAAUGGAUUGUCAGACAGAGCCAAGGAGGCAAAGGAAUUCCUGGUCCAGCUCCGCAACAUGGUGCAGCAAAUCCAGGAGAACAGCGUGGAGUUCGAGGCCUGCCUGGUGGCCCAGUGCGACGCCCUCAUCGACGCCCUCAACAGAAGGAAAGCCCAGCUGCUGUCCCGGGUCAACAAGGAGCACGAGCACAAGCUGAAGGUGGUGAGGGACCAGAUCUCACACUGCACCGUGAAGCUGCGCCAGACCACGGGGCUGAUGGAAUAUUGCCUGGAGGUCAUCAAGGAGAACGACCCCAGCGGCUUCCUGCAGAUCUCGGAUGCUCUGAUCAGGAGGGUGCACCUGACCGAGGAUCAGUGGGGCAAGGGGACGCUCACCCCACGCAUGACCACGGAUUUCGACCUGAACCUCGACAACGCCCCUCUGCUGCAGUCCAUCCACCAGCUGGACUUCGUGCAGAUGAAAGUCUCCUCCCCAGUGCCGGCCCCGCCCAUCCUGCAGCUGGAGGAGUGCUGCACCCACAACAACAGUGCCACCCUGUCCUGGAAGCAGCCCCCUCUGUCCACGGUGCAGGUGGAAGGAUACAUCCUGGAGCUGGACGAUGGCAACGGUGGCCAGUUCAGGGAGGUGUACGUGGGCAAGGAGACCAUGUGCACGGUGGACGGGCUGCACUUCAACAGCACCUACAGCGCCCGGGUCAAAGCCUUCAACAAGUCAGGAGUCAGCCCCUACAGCAAGACCCUGGUGCUCCAGACCUCCGAGGACACGCAGUCAGAAGAACAGACCCUCCCUUUUCCAGUGCCUUUGGAAAGAUCGCAGCUGCGUAGAAUGAGUCCUUUCUCCUCCACCCUUAACCUGCAACCCAGCUUCUCGGGGAGAUCCUACUUUGAGCUAAGAUCUUCGGCCCACCAGCUGAGCUUGCAUUCUUCCUUACAGUCCCUGAAUUCAGCCGGAUGCAAUUUUGACACACAAGGAUCGCCUUACUCCCAAUUAGUUGACAUUAAAAAAAUGGUGGCAGUUGCUUGGUUUUCUUUCGACCCUUCCUCUGCCCACGCUGACAUCAUCUUUUCCAAUGACAACCUGACUGUCACCUGCAACAGCUACGACGACAGGGUGGUGCUGGGGAAAACGGGCUUUUCCAAAGGGCUCCACUACUGGGAGCUGUCCAUCGAUCGCUACGACAACCACCCCGACCCGGCCUUCGGCGUGGCUCGCAUCGACGUCCUCAAGGAUGCCAUGCUGGGCAAGGACGACAAGGCCUGGGCCAUGUACGUGGACAACAACCGCAGCUGGUUCAUGCACAACAACUCCCACACCAACAGAACCGAGGGCGGGAUCACGAAAGGCACCACGGUGGGAGUGCUGCUGGAUUUGACCAGGAGGACUCUGACCUUCUCCAUCAAUGAGGACCAGCAAGGGCCUGUGGCCUUCGAGAACCUGGAGGGCCUCUUCUUCCCCGCCGUCAGCCUCAACAGGAACGUGCAGGUGACGCUGCACACCGGGCUGCCCGUGCCCGAGUUCUACGCUUCGCGCUCGGCCAUGCCCUGAGGAUGCUCCCGGAGCCGGCUGCCUCUUCUCGGGGUGAGAGGAGCCAGCCUGUUCCCUGCUGCAGGACAAGGCCAGCCUGCCCAGCUGCCAGGUCCCUGCCCAGCUGCCAGGUCCCUGUUUGGCCCCUGGCCAGAGGUGGGGAAGCAAAUCAGGAAGGAAGAUCCUGGCUUUGGGCCGCUCUCCGGCCUCCGCGCUGUCCCAUGUGUGUGCGCUUCGCUCUUUAGCUCUCCUUGGCUGAUGAAGUACCUAGGUAGCCUGAGCUGUUCUCCUGUGUCCGCUUUUAGGUUUGGUUUUCCUGAUUUGAGUUGGGGUUUUGAAGGGGGGGGCAGUUCUGUCUCACUUUCCCCUCCUGUGGGGCCAGCCCCAGGGACCCCACCACGGGAACGCUUCCGCCCACGCCAGCCUGGUUACUUUGCAGGAUUAUUUCUUUCCCCUGUGGCCUUUCUUGCAGAGCACCCUCGGUCACGUGUAGAGGUGGGUCCUGGAUUACCAGUCAGUCUCCAUGUCCCUACCAAAUCACCCCACUGUGUCCCAUGUCCCCCUGGGGCGCCUCUAUGGGGUGGUGGCAGCCCCUUGGUGGGGUGCCGAAUGCCCAUGGGGCCCCCACACACACCACAGCCAUAGACCGGAGAGCCCUCGCCCGGCUCUUUGGAGAUUAGUGUUUAUUUUUUUAUAGUUGCCAUAUAAAAUCUAGCCUUAAAUUCAA